AUGGCCACCGGUAUCGUUUCCACGCUCCGAUAUUGGCUCGUCGGUCACCCGAAGAUCGCCGAGUUCUCGUGGAUACAGGGCCAAACCCUAGGCGCCUCUCCUCUCUUCCUGACUUCCACUGUCUUCUUGUACCUCUCCCUAACCCUAAUCCUCUCCCGGCUCCCCCUCCCAACCAUAAACCCUAACCUCUUCCAGCCAAUUAAAGUCAUCCACAGCACCUUCCUCCUCCUCCUCUCAGCCGUCAUGGUAGUCGGCUGCGUCGUCUCCGCAGCUGCCUCUCAUUCCGCCAUAGACGGCAUAUUCUGUUAUCCGCCCGGGACCCGUCCGGCGGGGCCUGCCUUCUUCUGGGCCUACGUCUUCUACCUCUCUAAGCUCGUCGAGUUCGGCGACACCCUCCUCAUCAUCCUCGGCGAGGCCGCCGGAAAGCAACGCCGCCGCCUGUCGUUCCUCCACGUGUUUCACCACUGCAUGGCGGUGUUCAUGUGCUACAACGCGCUGCGCACGGCGCAGUCGCUCUUCCCGGCGGUGAUGGCCGUGAACGCGUCGGUGCACGUGGUCAUGUACGGCUACUACGCGCUCUGCGCGGUGGGGCUGAGGCCGGCGUGGAAGAGGCUGGUGACGGACUGCCAGAUUGCGCAGUUCAAGAUCAGCUUCCUCGGCGUGGUGGCUGUCAUUUACUUCCACUUCUCCGGCGAGGGUUGCUCCGGGACGUGGAGCUGGUGCUUCAAUAUUCUUUUUAACUCUGCGCUUUUGGUUCUAUUUAUUGACUUCCGUAGGAAGAAUUAUGGAGAUGGAGAUUACUACGUUAAUAAAAAAGAAUAA